AUGUUGCGCUUCGUCGCCCAGUCGCCGGUGACGCCUCGUCCAGGCGCCCUCUUCCGGCCACAAUGCAGUCAGGUGCCCACGAGCACCCUCGCCUGGCAGCAGCAGCGGUGGAUGCUUCUUCUUCUUGCACCCUCUGAUGACCCGACAGGAAAUGCCGGACACGGUCGUCCGACAGGAAAUGCCGGACACGAUCGUCCGACAGGAAAAUGCCGAGCACGCUUGCCCGACAGGAAAUGCCAAGCCCUGCUUGGCUACGAUGAGCGCCUUCACAAGGCACCUGCGCCUGGCUGCGAUACGUGCCCCAUGCGAGCACACGCCCCAAGCCGCAAUCCCGGUUUUCUUUCUUCCGGUAGUUCCAGGUCCAGUCCUACUGCGCUGACCUGGUCUUCUGGCCUUUGGUCCUGUUGCUUCAGCUCAAACCUCUGGCUUCCUUCGAUUGCUGAUCUUCACUCGGCUCCGAAGGUCUUCUUUUUCCAUAACCAGCAGUCCACAGCUGGUUCCUUGAUCCGGCUCGAAGGACCACUUGAAAAGGAACCAGACGAAUGUUAA